AUGACUCCUUCAGAGGCAGGACGGACUCUGGCCUUCAUGUUUCUGUUUCAGGCGUCUGGGGUUGUGUUUCUGAUGGAGCAAGCGGGAGUGACUGUCUCACUCCGUCACCUCGUCCUCCUCACUGGGCAAGAGAGCCCAGCUGCUCCCCCCACACAGACAGCGUCCUGUGACUUCCACUUUGAUGCUGUGGUAUUUGACAUUCUCAUGGUGACCCCAGAAGAAUUUGCAAGUCAAAUCACCCAACUUGACAUUCCAAUCUUCACAGCCAUUCAACUCCAGGAGUUGUCCAAUUGCAGUUGGAACAGGAAAGAGAAGCACACUUUGGCUCCAAAUGUGGUGGCUUUUACCAGGAGGUUUAACCAGGUCAGUUUCUGGGUCAUCCGAGAGAUCCUCACCAAGCAGUCCCUGAAAAGAAGAGUGCAAGUUGUUGGGCAUUUUAUCAAAAUUGCAAAAAAACUUCAGGGUCUCCAUAAUCUUCAUGGACUGCUGGCUGUUGUUUCAGCGUUACAGAGCACACCGGUGUUCAGGCUGAGGAAAACCUGGGCGCUGUUGAGCAGGAAAGACAAGGCUACGUUUGAGAAGCUGCAGACUCUGACGUCCAACGGCAAUAACUAUGAAGAGCUCCGAAAUUACAUUUGCAGUUUGAAAGCGACCCCGUGUAUUCCAUAUUUAGGGAUUUACUUGUCUGACCUUACCUACAUCGACGCUGCGUUUCCACCAUCGACAGGAACCCUGCAGAGGAAACAUUGCUGUGACCUGACCAAUAACGUUCUACGUCUCAUCUUGGAUUUGCAGCAUUUCUGUAAAUACGACCUCCCAACAUUGCCUCAUGUGCAGAAAUACCUGAAUUCCCAGACCUACAUCGAGGAGCUGCAGGGAUUCAUGGAGCAGGACAACUACAGAUUGUCUCUGAUGAUUGAACCUGCAUCAUGUGCUCAGCAUCAGGUUUCCUCAAGGCAAUCUCAAGGCUCCCUCUCCCCCAGUGAGGAGACCGAAAGCUCUCUCAGUGAUGCCUCAGUCACAUGUCUGUGUUUGACCCGGGGCCAUCGAAGAUGGCGGAGUGUCGAUUACAAGUGA